AACCGGGUGUAAGCCCCGGAAGUACUCGUCGCCCGGGAGCGCGCUGGUUAGGAAGGGAGGGUCAGAGGUUGUAGGGGCAGAAGGCGUUCCUGCCGCUGGCCCAGUUGCUAUGUAGUGAAGGGGCAGACGUUCUCCCGCAAGUUCUGGAAGGUUCUUGGGCUUGACUAGGCCAGUAGCCCCAGGACUCCUAGUCGCAGGCUUCAGGUUCCUGCCGGCUGAACGGAGCCGCCGCCGUCAUGUUUGGCUGUCUGGUGGCGGGGAGGCUGGUGCAAACAGCUGCACAGCAAGUGGCAGAGGAUAAAUUUGUUUUUGAUUUGCCUGAUUAUGAAAAUAUCAACCAUGUUGUGGUUUUUAUGCUGGGAACAAUCCCAUUUCCUGAGGGAAUGGGAGGAUCUGUCUACUUUUCCUAUCCUGAUUCAAAUGGAAUGCCAGUGUGGCAACUCCUAGGAUUUGUCACCAAUGGGAAACCAAGUGCCAUCUUCAAAAUUUCAGGUCUUAAGUCUGGAGAAGGAAGCCAACAUCCUUUUGGAGCCAUGAAUAUUGUCCGAACUCCAUCUGUUGCUCAGAUUGGAAUUUCAGUGGAAUUAUUAGACAGUCUGGCUCAGCAGACUCCUGUAGGCAAUGCUGCCGUAUCCUCAGUUGACUCAUUCACUCAGUUCACACAAAAGAUGCUGGACAACUUCUACAAUUUUGCUUCAUCAUUUGCUGUGUCUCAGGCCCAGAUGACACCAAGUCCCUCUGAAAUGUUCAUUCCAGCCAAUGUGGUUCUGAAAUGGUAUGAAAACUUUCAAAGACGACUAGCACAGAACCCUCUCUUUUGGAAAACAUAAUUUAAAUAAAAUAAUUUUUAAUGGAUUCUGAAAGUUGUCAUAUUUUGAAGAUAAAUGACUCCGUUUUAAAAGCAUGAAGUCAAAAGGAUCAUGAAACCUAAGUUUAAAAAUUGCUUAGUGACUGUGAGGCUUAAUUAAUAUCUUUAUAAAAAAUUAAAAACAUUGAAAAAUGAAAAUACAUUUGUCAUUAAUGACUUUUUAUCCCCUUAAGAUUAUAAUACUAUUCAGAGACAAAACAGUUUGUUUGGGCUUUCAUUUUUUACUUAAAAAUAAAGCUUGUUCACAACAGUAGUAUGCCAA